GUUUCCUCCCGUUUAACGGAAAAAGCGCGUGCUGUUAUUUCUCUGAUACCAUGUGCGCGAGGCAGACUCCGCGUAUCUGGGCUCGCUCCACAUGCCUGCCGGUGCGGCGCGAGGGAGGCACGGAUGAUGCUGGAUGGAAACUGACGCCUGGCAGUUUUUCCGUGCUGCUACUCUGGAGUAACGCAUAUGAUUCAGCGACGUGCUACGUCGGUUUAAUAUUGGUCACUAUCAUUCAUACGCCUUAGUUAUCCAGCGCUUUCCCAGAAAACAGUCAGCAUCUUUAGAAAAUCACUCGUCCAUGUCAUCCGGUGACUCCGCUUGGAACCUCCCACUAGGGAUACGGACUAUUUAUACCGCGUGCAGCAUCCUGAGCCUUCUAGAGAUACGCGAAUCUGAAAAAAAGAAUCUGAAGAUUUUUCGCUUGGAGUGCCAGCUCUAAUUCUGGCUGCCACUAUGCCUCUGCUGGAAGAAAGUUCCGUGCCGAGGGACUGUACUCGAACUGUGCCAGUAGUCAUCAUUGGUAAUGGCCCUUCCGGUAUAUGCUUGUCAUACCUUCUGAAUGGGUACACUCCUUAUUUAGAUCCCAUGGCUGUGCACCCAAACCCCAUUCUCUUUCGUAAACUACAGGAAGCCAAGCAUCUUCCCAUCACUGAACAGGAUUUAGAAUAUCUUUGCGAAGGUUUAGAGGGGCGUUCAGGGAACCCUGUGGCAGUGCUCUUUGACACACUCCUCCAUCCAAAUGCAGAUUUGGGCUUUGAGUUCCCCUCUGUACUGCAGUGGAGGCUGGAAAAAAAACAUCACAUUCCUCAUCUGGUCUUGGGCAAAGCUACACCUGGCGGUGCAUGGCAUGCAAUGGAAGGAUCGAUGCUGACUAUUAGUCUUGGUAUAUGGAUGGAGUUACCAGGAGUCAACUACAGAGAUUUGACUCCAGGCAAAAGGAGGGUGGUGUCCAAUGAUCGAGCCACUCCAGAUGAGAUCUCCUCCUACUACAAAAAUUAUGUCAAGCUCAUGGGUCUCCAAAAGAACUUUGUGGACAAUACCUAUGUCACCUCUGUUCAAAAACUUCACCGCAGUCAUGAAAACAGUCUUGGGAAUGAAAAGGACACUAUAAAUGGUCAAUUGAAUGGUGUGAAAAAUGGGUUUGAUUAUUGCAAUAAGAACAGCACAGAGAAUGGUCAGAAUGGAGUGGUAAAUGGGUUUAGUAAUGAUUUACAAAAUGGAAUGGAGACUAGCAGUAGAAGGGGAGAGAUUGGGGAGGAAGAUGAUAAAAGAGGCAAAGAAGGAGUGAAAGAGACUACUGGGGUGUCCCAAGGGCUUUCACAGGGACUCUGGGAGGUCAGGGGCUACCAGCAGUUCCAAGGUGACACUCAUGUCCCUUUUAGCUUAUUUGCCGAGAAUGUAGUCUUAGCAACAGGGGCAUCUGACUCUCCUGCUCGAUUGGGAGUAGAGGGGGAGGAUCUCCCUUAUGUGUUUCACAGUGUGCGUGACCUUGGGGUGGCUGUCAGCUGUCACGGCAACCUGGGCUCUUCCUCUGACCCUGUGCUGGUAGUGGGGGCGGGGCUUAGCGCAGCUGACGCAGUGCUGUGUGCCCUGAACCAUAGGGUCUCCGUGUUGCAUGCAUUCCGAAAGCGUGUUGAUGACCCAGGUCUCAUCUUCAAACAGUUGCCAAAGACACUUUACCCUGAAUAUCACAGGGUCUACCACAUGAUGUGUUCCCAAGUUUACCCAGCAUCCCCUGUUGCCAAUCCAACAGCUCCUAGUUCAUCUUUGUUCCCAGACUACACCAGCUUCCCUGAGCACUGUGUGCUCUCCUUCCAGCCUGACAUGCACUGUGUGAUGAAGGGAUCCAAUGGUGUCCUUAGAGUCUUCAAAGUCUCUAUGGUGCUAGUUCUGAUCGGAGCCUAUCCCAACUUGUUUUUCUUAAAGGAGCAAGGGCAGUACCUUGGCUUGGAUCCCAGUAGGCCAAUCUCCUGCAGACAGAAUCCUGUCGACAUAAACCCUUAUACGUUUGAGUGCAAUGCUGAGCCUGGGCUCUUUGCCAUGGGACCCCUUGUUGGUGACAACUUUGUACGCUUCUUGAAGGGUGGCGCUCUUGGCAUUGCUAGCUGUUUGUUCAAGAGACUGAAACAGAGGAUGAAGAAAAACAGGAAAUUGAUCGCCGAGGAAGGAGGGUGUGGAGGACGGGGAAGAGAAGGAAGUGGGGGCGGAAGAAGAGGAUUUGUCUAAGGCUCCAAGAGAAGGUGUUUCAUGCCAGUAGUCAUCAUGGGAUACAUCUCAUCUUUAUAUGUAUGCAGUGAAUACUAAUGAAACUUCAACUUUCCAACCACUUAUAAGAGAAAGUACAUUUAUAAAAAUGAGCAGAAGGUAGGAGAAAAUACUCUCUUCCCAAUGGAGUCUUGUGUUGACUGUCUUACAAAUGAGGUUUUUGCUGGUCAGAAAUAAUGUGCCAAUAUGUCAAUGUUAUUUAAAGUCUAGAUGGAGUACGCUUUACCUCUUGUUGCUGUGAGUUGCCUUGUUAUUUGUAAUUAGUUAUCUGCUCUUGCAUUACAUUACAGACUGCAUAUCUCUCAGUCAUGAUCGAAGUGCCUACAGGGAUAUUCACACUGACAGCGAUUUGUAGACGGCAAAGCAACUGAACAUCAUUCAUAGUUGGCAUCACAAGCAACAGAGACUGUUGCUGUUGAGAAGUGACAAGGUUGAGCACAGUGAAUAGAUGCAGCCUGAGUUGGACAUAGAGGCAGAGUAGGAACGCCUACUAGACACCAAAGGCUCAGCGAUCUUCAGUGAUGUAAUUGCUGUCAGUGUGAAUGCAGCAUAAGUCAAGGAGGCCUACACUAAGCUGUAAAAGAAAGUAAUACCUAAAGAGCAGAUGAAUUAGGUGGAAGGCCUUAUUCCUAAAAGUUAUGUUGCAGACUGCACUAGGAAGUUUUUGCUGUGAAAUGCCAGUUAACGCACAGUUUAUGUAUAUAAAUAUGCACACAAUUUCAAAAACCUUGAUGACCUAAUGAGCUAAUGCAUUACUUUACCUAAUAAUUAAUGAUGCACAAACAUGGCCUUACCUCGAAAACUGUACAUUUGGAUAAAUAUUCUAAGGGUGUACUCACACUAGGCGCUCUGAACCCGUGGCCGAGCGUGUUUGACCGCCAAAGCCCGGUUCGUUUGACUAGUGUGAUCGCUCCGUUCCGUGCCCGGUUCGUUUAGCCGUCCCUGGCCCGCAUGGAAGAGGUGGGUCAGAGCAUGGUUUGGUUGGGCUCGAGUGCGGUUCUGAGCACAGAACAGCUACUACUUUGUGUGCACUGUCAUCAUUACGACGGCAAACAUCUUUAUUACUACUCUGAUUGUACACUUAUCAAUUCAUGUAAUUAAUUUGAGUGUAUUUGGGUUUAUAACGGGUCUGAUUCUCACCUUAUUGAUGAACAGGAAUUGUAAAUUCCUCCAUUAACGUCAGCUGCGUUCGUAAUAAUCCGCUGAUAUGUGCAAGGGAAAAUCGCUGCGCAGCAUAAAUGAUAAAUAUAUUAGGCAGUAUCUUAGCGAAAGUGUAUUUCUUCAUGUUUUCUUCCAUUCAAAAAGCUGCAUCAUAUAUGACGUAAGCAUGCUCCGGCCCGGAACGUUAAGUGCAAGUGUGAGUGCAGGCCAGCGGGGGAGUGGGGAGGGGGGAUAAUCGCGCUCGGUCUUGGUUCAAGGCAACCGUGCCUAGUGUGAGUACACCCUAAUAUUAUAGCACUUUAAACAUAAAAAUUAGAAACAUCUCUUUGGCCCAAUGCAUCACUGCAACCCAAUCCACGUCCAAGAGCUAAUGUGUUGUGUCACUACAGCAACAGAGCCACAAGUUCAUGAUCUGGACAAGUUUAGUCUUUAGAAGGAUUACUGUUAAAAGAAGAAAAUUAGGGGUCCAUAAGACUUGGACUAUGUGUAUCUUUUCUAUCAGUCAAGAUCCAAAUCAACCUUACUCUUUUACUGUAACCUAAAACAAGUGCCAAACCUUCAGUACAUUGUAAUUUAUAGUAACCAUGGUGUUUGUCAGUCCCUAUGGUAAUUUGUAAGUAAAUAAAUGAUCAGAGAAUUCAGAUUAAUACAAUGUGAGAUGAUUUUGAGAUUUGCAACAGGUUUUGACUCCUCAAUAAGGUAUUUCACAGCACUGAAUAGUGAAAUGUUUUACUUCAUACUUAUCUAUAGUGCCAAAUAAAUGUUAUAUUGCUUUGAAAUAAUAAUAAAUAACUUCUGAAGCAUUGAGUUUUCACCUCAGCCAUUCAUACUGUAAGUUUAGAUUGCUGAGGGAAUCUUUGUGUGGAGUGACAGUUUAGACAGCAGAUAUCAUCAAAAAACAUGAUGGAACACUUGAAGAAACCAAAAGCUUAAGACAAAUCUGAGCUGUAAGAAAGAAGAAAGUCCUUUAAUUCAGUGCAGAAUGGUUGAAGCUGCUUCACAAGGUAAUGUAAUGUUAGUGUGGAGGUGAAAUAUGACUGCUCAAUUUUGUAAAACUUUUAUUACAUAUAAGUUUUGUACACAGUAUUUUUUAUUAUAGACAAAUAAAUCUCUUAUAAAAAUG